AUGUCAGCAUCCAAUCUUCUUCGCACUAACAACUCCAACAAUAGUAGAGAGCACUACAACAACUUUACGACUAAUGGUUGCAAUGAAAGCGAUUCGGAGAAAGUAGCAAAGCAAACUGUCUACGUUCUAAUCAGUGUACUGGGAAUUGUUGGCAAUAUCUUCGUGAUUAUACUCGCUACUCGGUUCACUGUGCGCAAGAAACUGCAUCAUUUGAUUAUCAACAUGGCCGUGUCAGAUACUCUGUUUCUUUUUGUCCGUUUAUUAGACGGACUAGUCCCGAUACGUUCUGAACUUGUAUGGCCGAGAGCGCACAUCGGUAGUUUUCCUUUAAUGAUAAUACUCCUUUUGCUUGUUUCACAUAGAGUAUCAUUAGCUAGUCUACUGGUAAUCAGCAUCGAACGAUUCAGAGCUACAAGAGCAACACUACAAAGAGCACAGCCAUCCACAAUAAAAGAACGCUUAUUAGUCCUUAGUGCGACCUGGCUGAUACCGAUGUUAUUCGGGACCACCGAACUGCUUCUCAUAAAAUUUGUCAGUGAGCGUACAUUUCAAAUAGACAUUUCUAAUGCUGCAAAAUGGAUACAACGAUUUUUGAAUUUUAUGAGUACUAUCGCAUGCUGUGUGAUACUAGUUCUUUGUAUCAAAACAACAAGAAGACUGCGUACACCUCGAACCAUUGAAAGCCAUGUUAGUGAAGAACAGCGAAACAUUCGAGCAACCCGAACACGAGCAGCCGUUCGAAUGGUCCUUGCAUCUGUGUUGCUGUAUUUUUGCUGCUUUAUCUUCACAUUUGUGCUUAACUCCACUGGAUUUUUUACUGGRUUUUAUAGCCCACUUGGCAUAACGYAUGAAAAUWGGUUCUGUCCAAAAAGUAACGCCGAAAACGCUUUGGUAAUUUUUGUCAUUAUCGUAUUCAAUUUUCUCCCAGCCGUCAAUUCCUUCCUUAGUCCGUGGAUCUAUGUCAUAUUUCUGCCUGACUUUCGAGCAGCUGCAAAAAAGGUUGUGUGCCUUCGAAAGGCAACUAUGAAUCAGUCACCUAACACAAUGUCUUCUAUCAUUGAGCUUCAGGCAAUGCCAAACUCGUCAGUCGGGCCUGGAAACAGACUAAAUCCUGAUGAAGAUUAA